GUUUAUUCACUAUUCCGUUUGGUUGAUUUUGUAGCCCUACAUGUACUUUUUCUACUUUAAAACCUAUAAUAUUUUAAGAAGAAACAAACUUAAACCGUACAAACAAACCAACCACCCCAACCGAAAUAAUGAACGACGAACCAUUAUCACCGGCUGGGCGGUUAUUCGUACAACCGGCGACUCACCAGAUCAUCAACUGCACUCUAGGCCUCGAACAACCGCUCAGUUUGGAUGCCGCUAAACACGUCGUCUCCAACUCUCUCAUGAUCCAGCACCCUAGGUUUUCCAGCCUUUUGGUCACAGACAACAACGGCCGCGAGUACUGGCGGAAAACCGAACUCAACAUCGAUCGUCACAUCAUCCUCCGUCCAGAUCCCAUCGGAGAAGCUGUUUCCGAUGAAGCAGCGAUCAACGAUUACGUUGCGGAUCUCACGGUUUCAUCGCCGUUGAGUUAUGAUAAACCGCUGUGGGAGAUUCAUCUGUUACCGGCGCAUAAGUGUGUGGUGUUGCGUAUUCACCACGCGCUCGGUGACGGAAUUUCGCUCAUGUCGUUGAUGUUAACGCUAACGAGGAAAUUAGAUGAUCCGGAUCAAACGCCUGCGAUCGAACCGUUAGUUUCCUCGAAACGAAAACGGAAUGAAAACGAAACCCUAGGGGAGUUUAUAAAGGUGUUGAAGAUGAUUUGCUUUAGUUUGAUAUAUGUGAUUGAGUUUAUAAUGAGGGGAGUGUGGGUCAACGACGGGAAGACGGUGGUCAGAGGCGGCGAAGGGGUGGAGAUGUGGCCGAGAAAGCUUGUUACGGCGAGGUUUAGGGUGGAGGAUAUGAAGACGGUGAAGAACGCCGUUAGUGACGCGACGAUAAAUGAUGUACUUUUUGGCGUAAUAUCACUGGGACUAUCAAAAUAUUUGGGCAAGCGAUCGCCAGAUUCUCUUCAAGAAGGCCUUCGAAUCACCGGUGUCGCUUUGGUUAAUCUAAGACCAUCACCCGGACUCCAGGAUAUAAAAGAAUUAAUGAAGAAAAAUGCAGCAGGGACAGGGUGGGGAAAUAAAAUUGGUAUCAUCCUGCUACCAGUUUACUACCAUAGAAAUGGAUCAGAUCCACUUCAAUAUUUGAAGAGAGCCAAAACCAUGCUUGAUAGGAAGAAGCUCUCUUUGGAGGCUGUUCUAUCACACCAGAUAGGACACUUUGUUAUGAAGUUUUUUGGAGCAAAGGUUGCGAGCAUGCUUAAUUACAGGGUAGUAUGUAACACUAGUUUCACGAUUUCGAAUGUAGUGGGGCCAAGAGAAGAUAUCACUAUUGCAGGCAUCCCGGUUACGUAUAUGAGGACAACAUCAUCAGCUUUAUCACACGCAAUUACAAUGCAUAUGCUGAGUUAUUCUGGAAAAGCUGAUAUGCAGAUUCUAGUAGCUAAAGACCUCAUUCCUGACCCUGAAAAUUUGGCUAAAUGUUUUGAAGAUGCACUACUCGAAAUGAAAGAAGCCUCACUACAAAUAUGACCAAAUUCUUUUCAAAUUUCCAUAUAAAAAAAGUAGUCGACUGUGAAAGAUCCAAUAUUCUUUGCUAUAUCCCUGUCAAAAAAGUUUGUGUAAUAUCCGAGGUUUGAUUUUGGAUGGGGGGUGUCUUAUCAUUUACGGAUCGUCAACCUGUAUAAUGUUGGUUUGCGAAUUUAAAUAAUACUAGUGACUUAGGCGGUGUUUGGAUUAA